AUGUCCUCUAACGUACGGCGCCGCAACGUUGCCGGAUCGCCCUCGGCCUCGCCAUCGAAAUCGGAAUCGAAAUCGAAAACUACCAACCAGACCAGCAAGGAUGACUCUGCUGCCCAAGUUCACGAGCCGACCGACCAGCCAUUGGUGCAAAUAGUACAAAAGCCCAAGACGCGGAAGCGCCGCAAUACUUUCAUCUUCUUACUCGGUGGCCUUUGUGGUCUGAUAGCAGCAGGAUUUUUUGCCUCGAGCAAUGACUUGAUUGAGUUCCCGGAACUGCUGGGUGACCUCAGCAUGGACACCUUUGUCGACAUACUCCCUGCUGGCCUCAUUAGCGAUGUCAGGGAUCUGAUGCAGGGCGAGCGCGAUAUUGCUGAAGCCUAUGACUCGUUUUAUGUUGGCCUCAAGGCACGCGCUGAAGGUUUGCACGCAGACCACCCCAUGGUCAUGAUACCCGGCGUCAUCUCGACCGGCCUGGAGUCGUGGGGCACUGCCAACGUCUCGCGAAGCUACUUUCGCAAACGACUCUGGGGCAGUUGGACAAUGAUGCGUGCUCUAGUCAUGGACAAGGAGAAUUGGAAAAGACAUGUCAUGCUAGAUAAGCAGACAGGUCUCGAUCCUCCUAUGAUGAAGCUACGUGCUGCGCAAGGCUUUGAUGCGACCGAUUUUUUCAUCACUGGCUACUGGAUCUGGAACAAGAUUUUCGAAAAUCUCGCCACUAUCGGAUAUGACCCAACCAACUCUUUCACAGCCGCAUACGACUGGCGACUGUCUUACCCUGAUCUUGAGGUCCGAGACCGCUACUUCUCCCGUCUCAAGUCUCAUAUUGAAGGCGCCUUGGCUACAGAUGGAAGAAAGGUUGUACUAGCUUCACACAGCAUGGGUAGCCAAGUCAUGUUCUAUUUUUUCAACUGGGUGGAAUCUGAGCAUGGUGGCCACGGCGGAAGCGACUGGGUUGAAAAGCACGUUGAUUCAUGGAUCAACAUUAGCGGCUGCAUGCUUGGUGCUGUCAAGGAUCUCACAGCAGUUCUGUCCGGCGAGAUGCGAGAUACCGCACAGCUCAACGCCUUUGCAAUUUAUGGCCUCGAAAAAUUCUUGAGUAAGGCGGAAAGAGCUGAGAUUUUCCGCGCCAUGCCUGGCAUUUCCUCAAUGCUUCCCAUCGGUGGUGAAGCAGUCUGGGGUGGUCAAGAUUGGGCACCAGAUGACCUCCCAGGUCAAAACAAGUCGUACGGUUCGUUCCUCAAUUUCCGAGCUAGUUCCAACAGCACCGCUCCAUUGAAAAACAUGACGGUCGAUGACUCCCUCGACUAUUUGAUGACGGUUACCGAGGAUUGGUAUGGAGAAAAGAUAUCGAAGAGCUAUUCUCGCGGCAUUGCACAUACCACAGCUGAAGUGGAAAAGAACCAAGGUGACCCAAAAAUGUGGCACAAUCCGCUCGCAUCGAGGCUUCCUAACGCUCCGAGCCUCAAAAUAUUCUGCUUUUAUGGAGUCGGAAAACCUACUGAGCGAGGAUACUACUAUCGCGUUCCAGAUCAAUCAGAAACUCUUUUGAACAUUACUAUUGAUACCGAUUUUACAGACGGGCCGGUAGACCAUGGUGUUGUCAUGGGAGAAGGCGACGGCACUGUGAACCUUCUGAGUACUGGAUACAUGUGCAACCGCGGGUGGAAUAUGAAGCGUUAUAACCCAGCUGGCUCGCGUAUUACUGUCGUCGAGAUGCCGCACGAGCCAGAAAGGUUUAAUCCUCGAGGUGGUCCGAAAACGGCAGACCAUGUCGACAUUUUAGGCCGCCAGAACCUCAAUGAGCUGAUUCUGAGAAUUGCUGCGGGAAAGGGAGAUACCAUUUCAGAUUACAUUGUCAGCGACAUCGUGCAGUACGCAGACAAGAUUAAGAUUUAUGAGGAGGGUCAGGAGCCGAAGAGUGCUCAGUAG